AUGGGAGACGCCCGUGGAGCUCUGAAACAUGAUCACAGCAGUAGCUGCAUCGAUCACGACCCGAAUUCGCUGCAACGUUUGUUCGCGAACAACCGCAAAUGGCGCGAUCAGGUGCUUCAGAAAGACCCCGAGUUCUUUGAGCGCACGGCGAAGGCCCAGGCUCCUCGAUACCUUUGGAUCGGAUGCUCGGACUCGCGUGUGCCAGCCGAGGAGAUCACCGGCCUCAACCCCGGCGAGAUGUUUGUGCACCGCAACGUCGCAAACCUUGUAGUGAGCAACGACAUCAACUCGCUGUCGGUGGUGCAGUUCUCCGUCGAGAAGCUCAAAGUCAAAGACAUUAUCGUGUGUGGCCACUACGGCUGCGGUGGAGUGACGGCCGCCUUGAAAAACGCGCAGAUCGGACUACUGGACAACUGGCUGCGUAACAUUCGAGACGUGUGUCGCACGCACAAGGAUGAACUGAGUCGGUACAAGACCGACGAGGAGCGUGAGCGUCGCCUGGUCGAGCUGAACAUUCAAGAGCAGUGCCUCAACAUCUUCAAGAUCAACAUGGUGCAGCGUCGCAUGGGUCUUUAUGGAGCUCCUCGUAUUCACGGCAUGGUGUACGACAUCCGUUCGGGUAUCUUGAAGGAGCUGGAGGUCGACUACCACGGCUACAUCGCCAAGCACAUGGGCGUCUUCAAUCUGCACAACUUCCGAGAUGGAAAGAUCCCAUCCACCAGACCGGAAUUCCAGCGCAACAUGAUCCUGAACCUGGUGGAAGACCACGAAGAGGAACCAGGAACCGUUAGUGCUCGUUACAUCUCUCGCGUGCUAAAGAGAGAGACUGAACUCUUCACCGAGGAAGAAGUGGACACGGCCAUCAAGGCUAUACAGGCCAAGAACCCUCAGAACCCCUUCGUGGAAGUUAACUCGCUGGUCUCUUAUUUUACCGGCAAUGAGGCUACGGCGUAG